UCAAUGUCUUCUUCAUCAUUUGCAAAACGUACUUUGGGACAAGCACAUUGCUUUUGUAAGGUCGAUGCGACAUUGAGAUAUUCAAGUACUCCAAGAAAUCCAGGACGACCCUUCUUAGGGUGUCUAAAGUACAAUACAGAGGGAUUACCAUAUUGUAAAUUUUUCAAGUGGGCAGAUAGUAAUCAAGAGAUUGAGUUCCAUCUUCAAGAAAGAAAUAAUGAUCUGUUAAGGAGGGAGAAGGAGGUCGAGAAGAUGCUGGACGAUGUGGAAAAGAUGAAGACUGAGCUCCGUAAAAGAGUGGAUGAAAUCGAGAAGAGAGAGCUGGUGGUAUUGAAUAGAGAGAUAGUGGUAUCCACAAGAGAGAAGGUGCUUCUGGAACAAGAAACUGUAAUGAGGCGGGGACGGACACUACAUCGGGUGUUUUGGAAUUUUUUAUUUGUCGUUGCAUUUUACUUGGUAGUUUAUAAGUAAUUUAAUUGCUGCCUAGUGUUAGUAUCUAAGUAUUGGAUUUUGUACUUUAUGUAAAUAAAUUAAGUUC